AUGGCGAAUCCCAAUCACGACCCAUCGCCUAAACUCGCGGCUUCCGCAAAAAAGUCCGUGUUCGAACGCCAGAAAGCUGAAGCAGAGGCCAAAAAGGCGCGAGAGAAAGCUGAAACUGCUGCAGUCCUUGAGUCCUUUGUCAAGAGUUUCGAUGACGAAGAUGACUCGCCCCAGAUACCCGCUAAACGUCCAGGUGCAGUGUUCGGUCCUCCAACAGGCAUCGCCUUUGGUUCAGCGCCGGGAAAACGACACUUCACGAGUUCGAGCCUGAAGAGUGGCCCUGGGAGUCUGGGACCAUCUCCUGCCGCACCGAAGAGUGGGCCUGGCAGUCUCGGACCGAACCCGUCUUUUGGAAAGAAGAGGCAUUACGAUGACUAUGGUGGGGGACGAGAUCGUGCUCGUGAUCGAGACGAUGAACACAAGGGGAUGUUUUCAUAUGGCGACAACAGGGAUCGGGAUCGCAGCCGAGAUACAGCAGCCUUUUCUCGCCAGGAAGAUGAGUCAAGAGAUGCAGAUGAACUCAAAGCGGCUGCGAAACCAACCCUACACCUCUCUUCUCUUCCGCCUGGCACAUCUCCUUCAACAAUAAAGGGACUAUUCAUACCGUCUCCUUUGAAUGUGGAAAAUGUACGGAUCCUGCCGAGUACUUCAGUACAACCGAGCGAGCGGAAGUCCAUCUCUGCCAUUGUCACGCUCGCCGCAGAAACCCCAGCCACAGAUAUUGAGACGAUGGUUUCGCAUCUGCAGAACAAAUAUCUCGGAUUUGGUUUCAAUCUGUCCAUAUCCCGCCAUCUAUCUUCAGCAGCACUGACCGGGGGUAAUUCUCUAAGUAGCAACACCCCAGGCACGGGGCUGAAUAAUUUGCCAUUCGGAGCCAGACCGAUUGUGCAACAUACUUCUCUCUCUCGAGCACCUCCGCCAGGGCAAGGUCCAGCUCGCUUCGCCCCUCCAGCUUCAUAUACUUCAUCUACUCCUUAUGGACCUCGCUCGAACGGACCUCCUACUCAAGUUACGGUACAAGCGCCAAGCGAUCUCAAACAAUUGAAGUUAAUUCACAAGACUGUCGAAGCCUUGCUGACUUAUGGUCCUGAAUUUGAGGCUCUUCUGAUGUCACGGCCUCAGAUCCAACGUGACGAACAAUGGGCCUGGCUGUGGAAUUCGCGAUCUACAGGUGGUGUUUACUACCGAUGGAGGUUAUGGGACAUUCUCACAAAUGCCGGCGCUCGAAUUCGACGGCAACCCGCAGGAGGCUAUGCUUCACAACCUCGUGGUGACGUGAUGUUUGAAGGGCAGAGUAUCUGGGUUCCACCUGAGGUUUCACUCAAAUUCGAAUAUACAACGCGAUUGGAAGACUUGAUUAGUGAUGACGAUUACAACUCAUCGGACGAAGAAGAAAUGGAUGAUGGUGGUGGUCUCGCACGAAGAUAUCAGGACCAUCAGAAAAUCAAUGCACCCUCCACGGACAUCAAUCCUGAUAAUGAUGGAAUAGGGUACCUCAAUCCACUGGGUAAAACCAAACUGGUGCAUCUCCUGAGCCGUCUGCCGGAAACAAACUCAAAGCUGCGAAAAGGUGACGUGGCCAGAAUUACAGGUUUCGCCAUCGAACAUGCAGGAGCAGGAGCAGACGAAGUCGCCGCGUUGAUCACAAGAAAUGUGAUCAAGCCAUUUUGCUUGAACGUAAAGAAGGCCAAGGACAGUCAGAACACUUCCUCGGACGAAGAUGAGCGCCGAGGCUUUGACCAGAAAAGCAAGCCCAACCAGGACGAAAGUGUAACCGAAGCCAGCCAACAACAAGACACCACUGCCACCUCUCUCGUCGGUCUGUAUUUGAUUAGCGAUAUCCUCUCGUGCAGCGCAUCCUCGGGCGUCCGACACGCAUGGCGUUACCGUUCUCUAUUCGAGACUCAACUCCGCCAACAAAAAGUGUUUGCGAUCCUCGGCCGCGCAGAGCGAACUUACAGCUGGGGCAAGCUCAAGGCAGACAAAUGGCACCGCAGCGUCCAGAGCGUCCUCAGCCUAUGGGAGGGUUGGUGCGUGUUUCCAUCCGCGACACACGAUGCGUUUGUCGACCAAUUCUUGCAUCCACCAUUGACAGAGGCGGAGAAAGUGCAGCAGGAGAAGAAAGAGGCGGAAGCGAACGCUCUUCGUGAAGAAGCCGCACGAGAGAAGGGUGCUGGAAACCAAAAUCCCAGUGUCAAUCGGUGGCGGAGCGUGGAUGAGGACGAGGCUGCUGCACAGUCUGCUUCAUUCCGGCCUGGUGGCGGUAGUGAGGUCGUGAUGCGCGACGUUGAAGGCGACGGACGUGAUAUCGACGGCGAUCCGAUGCCUCUGGACGACGACGACGAAGACGAAGGCGACAUCACGGACGCUGACAUCGACGGCGUGCCUAUGGUCGACUCUAGCGAUGAAGAAAUGGAUGCGAACGAGGAUUCGGCAUCGGCGGCGGCGGCGGUCGUUCCUCCUCCCCCUCCGCCACCACUGAAGCCCACAGAACCAGAUCCGCCAGCAAAGGUUGCGGAAGCUCAAAACCCUCUCGCCUCUACCUCUACCUCUGCCUCCAAAUCAACAUCCUCAGGUCAGCAGCAGCAUCCAGCGCAGCCUACGAGCCGCGGUCGUGCACGUCCCAAGGCCGCGGAUUUCGACGACGAUGUCGAUAUGUUUGGGUGA